UUAUCUCUAAUUUCUCCAUCAAACAGGACCUAGUUCGGGUUUUCCUUACGAAGUAAUAUUGUUCUGGUUCAUAUAUAUUUGGCUUCACAUUCGCGUUAAUAUCUCAGAAUUGAUUAUAGAUGGAUGAUGUCAUGUUACCUGGUUUUAGAUUUCAUCCAACAGACGAAGAACUUGUUGGAUUCUACCUAAAAAAGAAAAUUCAGCAACGGGUUCUUCCUAUCGAGCUUAUUAAACAAGUGGAUAUAUACAAAUAUGAUCCAUGGGAUCUACCAAAUUUGGCACCCACUGGCGAAAAAGAAUGGUACUUUUAUUGUCCAAGGGACCGUAAAUACAGAAAUAGUGCACGACCAAACCGUGUUACAGGAGCUGGUUUUUGGAAAGCAACUGGCACUGAUAGGCCGAUAUAUUCAUCAAAUGGUACUAAUUGUAUUGGUUUAAAGAAAUCUUUGGUGUUCUAUAGAGGAAGAGCUGCUAAAGGGAUUAAAACAGAUUGGAUGAUGCAUGAAUUUAGGCUUCCUCCACUCUCUCAACCUCAGUCACCAUCUAAAGGGAUCUUAGAUAAAAGCCUCCCACCAAACGAUGCAUGGGCAAUAUGCAGAAUCUUCAAAAAGACGAGUUCCAUGGCACAAAGAGCGCUUGCACACUCGUGGGUGUCUUCAUUACCCGAACAAAAGGCAGAUAUUUUCAUCAACGAAUCAAGAUUGGCUUCACCCGAAAGUUUUUCAGCUCUUGACACCCCCUCAUGCAUAGCCAUGAAUCAGACCGUUUCAAAAAUCUCUCCUUUUUCAAUCCCCAACACGGGAUUCCCAAGCGGUUUCAUGUUUUCGACUAUGGAUGUAUCAGGAUCAACUACAAAGACCACAUCUGAUGAGGCUCCGAUCUUGUUCAAUCUUGACUCUAAUUUACUUGAGAAUGAAAGAGACGCUUCUGAAAAUAUGGGAUUUGGAGAACCACAACAGUUUAAUGAUUUUUCAGUGAACUCGCCACAGGAUAUGCAAGGAUGCAUAGACAUUGGAGACCAUGAAGAACGGUUGAGGCUGUCGAACGAUGACCAUGAGUGGAUAAAGGUUAGAACCACUGGGUUCCCCUUUAGCCUGCCAUCAACCGUCCACGAUGACUGGACUCAUGAUAUGCCAUGGGAUUCUCCUACAUACUCUACAAAUCGGUGUCAAAAUUAGUAAUUCUGUUUUGGAUCUCUGAUCUUUUGUUCGGUCAUAGUGUACAGGACUCAAAUUCUUCUUUCAUUUGGCUUUAUUUAAUUAUCAUGUAUUUACCUGUACAUGCCAGAACAAAAGAUAAUACUACUAUCAUGAUACUAAAUUAUUAUGUAUAUAAGUUUGGAUAUUCGAUCUGAAA